UCACAGGUCUCUGGGGGUGAGACCUGGUGUCCUUAAGUCCCUCCUCUUCCCCUGGCACUGCUCACAGAGCAGAGGCAUGGCGAGCCGGUCUUACCGCAUCAGCUCUGGCUACGGGGCCAGGAAUUUUAGCUCCUGCUCUGCCAUCAUGCCCAAGCCCGGGGCUCACAGCUGUGCCAGUGCCAUGGCCUACCGAGGGGGCAGUCCUGGAGGCCCCGGCUACAGGCGCCUCGGGGGCUUUGGCAGCCGGAGUCUGUGUGCAGUGGGGUCCCCGCAGAUCGCAGUGAGUUGUGCGCGCCCCCUACGCAGUGGGGGAAACUUUGGCUACAGAGCAGGGGGCCUUUGUGGGCCCAGCCCGCCCUGCAUCACCACCGUGUCCAUCAACGAGAGCCUCCUCACACCCCUCAACUUGGAGAUCGAUCCCAAUGCGCAGUGCAUCAAGCAUGAGGAGAAGGAGCAGAUUAAGUGUCUUAACAACAAGUUUGCUUCUUUCAUCGACAAGGUGCGCUUCCUGGAGCAGCAGAACAAGCUGCUGGAGACCAAGUGGCAGUUCUACCAGAACCGCAAGUGCUGUGAGAGCAACCUGGAGCCACUGUUCAAUGGCUACAUGGAGACGCUGAGGCGGGAGACUGAGUGUGUGGAGGCCGACAGCGGGAGGCUGGCCUCAGAGCUCAACCACGUGCAGGAGGUGCUGGAGGGCUACAAGAAGAGGUAUGAAGAAGAGGUGGUCCUCAGGGCCACGGCUGAGAAUGAGUUUGUGGUGCUGAAGAAGGACAUAGACAGUGCCUAUCUGCGCAAGGCGGACCUGGAGGCCAAUGUGGAUGCGCUGAAGGAGGAGAUGCACUUCCUGCAGGCUCUCUAUGAGGAGGAAAUCUACAUCCUUCAGUCACAAAUCUCUGACACUUCAGUGGUGGUCAAGAUGAACAAUAGUCGGGAACUCAACAUGGACUCAGUUGUGGCCGAGAUUAAGGCUCAGUAUGACGAUGUGGCCAGCCGCAGCCGGGCAGAGGCUGAGUCUUGGUACCAAAGCAAGUGUGAGGAGAUGAAGGCCACAGUGACCCAGCAGGGAGAGAACCUCCGCAGAACCAAGGAUGAGCUCAAUGACCUGAACCGCAUGAUCCAGAGGCUGACAGCAGAGGUGGAGAAUGUCAAGCAGCAGCGUCGCAAGCUGGAGGCCGCUGUGGCCCAGGCGGAGCAGCAGGGCGAGGCGGCCAUCAGUGAUGCCCGCUGCAAGCUGGCCGAGCUGGAGGCCGCCCUGCAGAAGGCCAAGCAGGACAUGGCCUGCCUGCUCAAGGAGUACCAGGAGGUGAUGAACUCCAAGCUGGGCCUGGACGUGGAGAUCGCCACUUAUCGCAAACUGCUGGAAGGCGAGGAGAGCCGGCUGUGUGAAGGCAUGAGCUCAGUCAACAUCUGUGUGAGCCGUUCCCAGGGUGGUGUGGUCUGCGGAGACCUCAGUUCCAACCUCCCUCAAGGCCUGGGGAGCGUGGCCCUCAGCAGCAGUGCCCUCUGCCCCAGCGCUGCAGCAGGGGCAUGUUCCAGCGCCAGAUCCGUGCGAUUUGCAUAGUCGGGGGUGGAGGCUAGGAUUCUGGACGGACUAGGUCUGAUAGGGACAAGGGUGGGGAGCAGGAGGGGGAAAUCUUUUUUCUCUCUGGCCCAAAUAUCAGUUUGGUAAUUUGCCCUUGCUGGGAGCCCAGACUAACUCUCCAGUUUCCUUCCUAUAAUAUCAGAGUUGAGAUUUACUUAGAGUGCAAAUCCUGGGUUUGGCAUUAUUACCACUUCCAUUGAUUCCUUCCUCCUGGUGGUCCAGGAAAGGGACCUAUAGGCUUUUUUAUAUAAACUGCUUAGUCACUUUUUCCCCCAAAUAACUUCAGGUUAGCAGGCAUUUCCUAAGUACUGACCAUGUACCAGGCCCUCUGGAAAGGGAGCCAGGGAGAGGGAUGGCAGUGUGUGGGCUUUGCUCUUAAUAAGGGAUGGUGCAUGUCACCUCGGUGUUGAGGGACCAUGGUGGGAGAGCAACUGGGGCUCCAGGAGGCCCUCACUUGAUCUGAGAGAUUGUAUAAUAUGUUCCUAGAGCAUCCUCCAACUAUUCCAGAUGGAAGGACAGGCUGAGGCUAAUUGGCUGAGGUUUUUAUCAUUGGUGGUUUGGAUUUUAUUGUAUUUGGGUGAUUCAUGUUAUGGUUCCCUCUGUUUUUUAAUGUGUGUGAUUAAAUGUGGAAGGCUAAAAACUUUCUCCUAAUAAACA